AUGGCGUUCUUCUUUUCUGAAAUGACGCUCAUCCCGUCUUUUGGAUUGAGCACUGUGACAUUGCACAUAUAUCGGGCCACAGUGGCGGCGGGCAACUAUCCCGGAAGGUACGGGAUAUCGUACCCGUGUUUGACCUCGUCGGAUGUGUCGGCAUCGCAGAGUCUUCGAGCCAUCGUCGUCGACUCUUUGUUUUCCGCAGGCAGCUUUGAGGUGGGGCAUCUCGGGUUGCUUAUGCUCCAGCAGAACAAAUUUGUUCUCCGGCUAUUUCCAUAUGCCGUGUUUGAGAUCAGCUCGGAAUACUCGGCAGGGAAAAGCAAUAGCAAUAUCCGGCGACAAAGGAAUUCAGAUCAUUGUUGCACAGAUGGAGUGGCCGGAAGACAAGAGAGACUUACGGAGAGGCAAGAAGCUGGCAUCUGGACAAAGUCUCUCUUGUCUUCCGGCCACUUCAUCUGUGCAACAAUGAUCCGAAUUCCUUUGUCGUCGGAUAUUGCUAUUGCUUUUCCUACAAAGCUAACAAUAGUCUCAAAUGCAUUUCGGUCCCCCUGGUGGAUCACAUACCCUGCCGAGUAUUCCAAGCUGAUCUCAAACACGGCAUAUGGAAAUAGCCGGAGAACAAAAGGCUUGUUCUGCUGGAGCAUCUCUAAUAUGGGCCUUAUUACAAGCAACCGAGAUGCCCCACCUCAAAGCUGCCUGCGGAAAACAAAGAGUCGACGACGAUGGCUCGAAGACUCUGCGAUGCCGACACAUCCGACAAGGUCAAACACGGGUACGAUACCCCGUACCUUCCGGGAUUCGGCAACUAGUUGCCCGCCACCACUGUGGCCCGAUAUAUAUGUGCAAUGUCACAGUGCUCAAUCCAAAGGACGGGAUGAGCGUCAUUUCAGAAAAGAAGAACGCUCUCACCUCCCCGAUGCCAAUGGAAUAUUGUCGAAAUAG